CCACUAAAAUUCUGUAGUUAUCUUUAUUCUAAAAUUUAUUAAGUUUUACAAUAAUUUUUGAAAAACCACACAAAUUUAACAAGACAACACCAUGAAUCGCUUGUUUGGCAAAGGAAAACCCAAAGAGCCAGCACCAAAUAUAAAUGAUUGCAUCAAAGGCGUUGAUGAGCGAGCUAGUAAUAUAGAGGAGAAAAUUAACAAGUUAGAAAAUGAACUGCGUAAAUAUCGGGAACAAAUGUCCAAAAUGCGUGAAGGACCGGCCAAGAACUCCGUAAAACAAAAGGCCAUGAGAGUGUUGAAACAAAAGAAAGCUUAUGAACAGCAAGCCGAAGCUUUGAGAAAUCAAUCGUUUAAUAUGGAACAAGCCAAUUAUGCAGCCCAAUCAUUGAAAGAUACUCAGGCUACGGUGGCUGCCAUGAAAGAUGGCGUUAAGCAGAUGCAAAAAGAAUUUAAGAAAAUCAAUAUUGAUCACAUUGAGGAUAUUCAAGAUGAUAUGGCGGAUAUGCUGGAACAAGCCGAUGAAGUGCAAGAAGCUUUGGGUCGCACUUAUGGUAUGCCCGAGGUUGAUGAUGAUGAACUAGAAGCUGAAUUAGAUGCUUUGGGUGAUGAAAUAGCUCUCGAUGAUGAUACUAGUUAUUUGGAUGAUGUUGUAAAGGCUCCUUCAGCACCAGAUAAGGAACCUGGUGCUGAUAGUUUUAUACCAGGCAAUAAGAAUUCCAUUGAAACUGACGAAUUUGGUUUACCUAAGGUUCCCACAUCUGUAAAGACGUCUUAAAUAAAACAACUCUCAAUUUCAUUUAGUAUUUAACUACGUUAUCAAAUUUUUUCUUUAUUAUUAAAAAAAAAACUAUAUUUUUCAACUCUUAUUAUUUUUGCUUUAUAAAUUAGUUGCUUAAUAAAAAAACAACAAUUCACAAGAUAAAUUUGAAUAAUUUCUUUUAGAUAUUCUAAAGUUUAUGUUAAUUUUUAUAUAUAUUUUGUGUUAAAAGAAUUUGUUUAUUUUUGUAAAGGAAAAAAACACAGACUUUAAUGAAUAAAUAAAUUAAAAAAUAGAAAUAAAA